AUGGACCCGAAUAUGUCGCGCCCACCCGACUACAGCCUCCCGCCUUACGAUGACGAGGACCUUCACCACACGCCUACGGGUUAUAGUCCUGCUGCUGUGAGAUUGUUGACAUCAGAGGAACACUACGACCCUCAUCCUCACACGUAUGUACCACCUUCAUCCCCCAGCCAGAAUCCCAUUCCCAUUCAGACGCCUCCUACACGCCCUGCCUCUUCAAAUUCUCCUUCUGCCGCCUCUUCACUCCCAAAGUCAACAACUUCUCCUCCCAACCCUCCACCAGAGUUUCCUCUUCCAUUGUUUGCUUCACAAACAGGUCUCGACAUGUCUUCAGAAGCAGGAGAACGGGCCUUCAAGCCUGAACCCGGUCAGCAAGAUAAUACUCAAGCGAACAUUCACAAUCAGCAAGAACAACCUUCACCCAACCCUCCAUCAUACUCACGUUCUAUGGCCGAAUCCCAAUCUCUGUUGCCUAACAGGCCAGUUAAUGGCAGUCCAGCUGCAAAGUUGCAGAACAGGAACAGAACUAGCAUCCACGUCGCCUUUGCAGAUCUACCUACGGAUCUACCAGAGAUUCCCGAGGGGAUUAGCGAGAGACGUAGGGUCCACAAAGAACACCAUCACCUUGGCUUAGAAGCGAAUCCAACUGUCCCUCCACGUCCAGUCAGUCGCUUGAAGAAUAUAAACUCACAAGACCAAAUUCCCAGUAUCCGAAGUCCUCGAAAUCUCAACUAUCAACCCAGCGUCCGCUCAUCAAGAUCCGGUUCCAUCUUCGACGAUGCCCCGUCGUUGGGUCCCCCAGGCGGAGGUUCUUACAUGUCCUAUGAUACACGAGAAUAUGGCUCUCCACAGCGACCAUGGACACCCUCUUCUCGUAUGUCUGACUUCACCAGAUCCGAUCUCUCGAGGCCUCCCCCAAACAACGACAUGUAUGAGCCCUCCGAUUUGAACGGAAGCCCCAGACCUGGAACACCCUCAUCGAGAUACGGCGGCAGUCCACGACGACCUCUCCCCCCUGCGCCUCUUUUUCACACCUCGAGACAAGCUGUUCCACCAUUCGCAGAUGAUGCGACUGUUUCCAUUCCAUUGCACGACCCUAUGGACGACGAUGUUUUUGGCCCUGAAUCUGACCUGAGCGACGCCCGGCCUCAUCCAGUUGACCGCAGUUCUUACAUGUCUGCAGAGUCCCAAGACACAUUAAACGAAGGCGACUUCGAUGACUACGACAAGUUUGAGCACUAUGGCCCUGCUCCAACCGGUGCCCAAGAACGACGAGGUGUUCGUGCUCCUCAGAUGGCAAGGAAAGAAGUUCAGCUCAUCAACGGUGAACUGGUGCUGGAGUGUAAGAUCCCGACAAUUCUGUACAGUUUCUUGCCUCGACGUGGCGAAGUCGAGUUCACUCACAUGCGUUAUACGGCUGUCACAUGUGACCCUGACGACUUUGUUGAAAGAGGCUACACUCUACGACAAACCUUUGGCAAGACAGUCAGAGAGACUGAGCUGUUUAUAUGUGUCACUAUGUAUAACGAAGAUGAGAUCGGCUUCACUCGAACAAUGCACGCCGUUAUGAAGAACAUCUCGCAUUUCUGUUCACGCACGCGCUCUCGUACCUGGGGUGAGAAUGGGUGGCAGAAAAUUGUCGUUUGCAUUGUUUCAGACGGUCGUGAAAAGAUUCACCCUCGUACCCUGGAUGCCCUCGCUGCCAUGGGUGUCUAUCAGCACGGCAUCGCAAAGAACUUCGUCAACAACCGUGCUGUACAGGCUCACGUUUACGAAUACACAACCCAGGUCUCUCUUGACUCCGAUCUCAAAUUCAAGGGUGCGGAGAAGGGCAUCGUUCCCUGCCAGAUGAUUUUCUGUCUCAAGGAAAAGAACCAACGUAAGCUCAACUCGCACCGUUGGUUCUUCAACGCAUUCGGCCAGGCUCUCAACCCCAACGUCUGCAUCUUGCUAGAUGUUGGUACCCGUCCCAGUGGUACAUCUCUGUACCAUUUGUGGAAGGCUUUCGAUACCGACUCCAACGUUGCUGGCGCUUGUGGAGAGAUCAAGGCCAUGAAGGGCAAAUUCGGUGCUAACCUACUCAACCCCCUCGUUGCGUCUCAGAACUUUGAGUACAAAAUGUCCAAUAUUCUUGACAAGCCCCUCGAGUCUGUCUUUGGCUACAUUACUGUCUUGCCCGGUGCUCUAAGUGCUUACCGAUACCACGCGCUUCAGAAUGAUGAGACUGGCCAUGGCCCUCUAAGCCAAUACUUCAAGGGUGAGACUCUGCACGGACAGCAUGCCGAUGUAUUCACUGCCAACAUGUAUCUCGCUGAAGAUCGUAUCCUCUGUUGGGAGUUGGUAGCCAAACGUAACGAAAGAUGGGUUCUCAAGUACGUCAAGGGAUGUACUGGUGAAACUGAUGUGCCUGAUACUGUUCCUGAGUUCAUCUCUCAGCGACGUCGAUGGCUCAACGGUGCCUUCUUUGCUGCCGUUUACUCUCUUGUUCACUUCAAGCAGAUUUGGUUCACAGAUCAUACUUUCGCUCGCAAGAUUCUCUUGCAUAUGGAGUUCCUGUACCAGUUCAUUCAGCUCAUGUUCACCUUCUUCUCUCUGGCCAACUUCUACCUCACUUUCUACUUCGUCGCAGGUGGUUUGACAGAUCCCAAGAUCGAUCCCUUUGGGCACAAUAUUGCUACUGUCAUCUUUCACAUCCUUCGAUACUCGUGUGUGCUUCUUAUAUCAACGCAAUUCAUCCUCUCUCUCGGUAAUCGACCUCAAGGUUCCAGGAAGCUAUACCUUGCCAGUAUGAUUAUUUACAGUAUUAUCAUGAUGUACACGACGUUUGCAACAUUCUACAUCAUCAUCCGCCAGCUUACAUCGAAGGACGACGACAUAAAGAUGGGCGACAACGUCUUUACCAACAUGAUCGUAUCCAUCUUAUCGACGAUCGGCAUGUAUUUCAUCAUGUCAAUAAUGUAUCUGGAUCCAUGGCACAUGAUCACAUCUUCGGCGCAAUACUUUAUCCUUCUUCCCAGUUACAUUUGUACCCUGCAAGUCUACGCCUUCUGUAACACUCACGAUGUCACUUGGGGUACCAAGGGUGACAACGUUAUGAAGACUGAUCUGGGUGGUGCCGUGGGCAAGGGUGAGACUGUCGAGCUAGAAAUGCCCAGCGAACAGCUCGAUAUUGACAGUGGAUACGAUGAGGCUCUACGUAACCUUCGCGAUCGUCUCGAAGUCCCCGAGCCUCCCCCUAGCGAUUCUCAACUGCAGGAAGAUUACUACAAGAGUGUCCGAACCUACCUGGUUCUCACUUGGAUGAUCGGUAACGGUAUCCUUGGCAUGGCUGUGUCUGAAAUCUACAGUGCCAGAGGCAUUGGCGACAACUACUAUUUGCGCUUCCUUCUUUGGUCGGUCGCCGCCCUCGCCGUUUUCCGUGCCGUUGGUUCCACCACCUUUGCUAUCCUCAAUGUGAUCAAUAUGAUUAUUGAAGGUCGGGUGCGUUUGACUCUCAAGGCCCCUCGUUGGUUGGGCGGCGUGAAGGAGAGGGUCAGCGACAAGAUGAGCAGUGUGUCAAGCAACCUACGCAGUUGA